AUGGCCUCCGACACCGGCCCCAGAACGAACCAGGCAGGCCUUCCCUCUGCCAACCCGACCUCUUCUUACUGGCUUCGUGAACCGAAUACCCUGCUUUUGGGACAUCGAUCAACACCAGAUCUGCCAGAGGAAGCAGACAUUGUGAUUAUCGGGAGUGGUAUAACCGGUGCCUUUGCCGCGAGGUCUCUUCUGCAGGAUUAUUCCUGUAACAAGAAGGUUGUGAUGCUCGAGGCGAGGGAGGCCUGUGGUGGUGCCACAGGAAGGGUAAUGGAGGCCACUGCCAGCCUCUCGUCUAUGGCACCCACCCAGCCGAUAACCCUCUCCGGCGGCGUCCACGCCUUCAUGUCAACCCCCCUCUUCCAAACUGCUGUUGCUCAAAUCGACUCCCUCACCAAAACCCACCCCUUUCUCGCCUCCCAGCUAGAAGUAAUCCUCCCAACCAACCCAUCCAAACUAGCCCGCCUCAGAGCCCCCAACUGCCACGGCGCCAUCAUCCAAAAAACCGCCGCCUCCCUCUGGCCCUACAAACUAAUCGCCCACAUCCUCACCUCCCUCCUCCCCAACCCAAACUUCAACCUCCAAACCAACACCCCCGUCCUCUCCCUCUCCCCCUCCCCCACCUCCCCCGGUAAACACCAAAUCCUCACCCCCCGCGGCACCCUCACCACCCCAAAAGUCCUCCUAGCAACAAACGGGUACACCUCCCACCUCCUCCCCUCCUUCUCCGACCUCAUCGUCCCCGUCCGCGGCCAGAUAAGCGCCAUCGUCCCCCCAUCCCCAGUCCAAACCCUCACCCACUCCUACCUCUUCGCCGCCGACCCCGAGAAGGGCCAACACGCACCGAGAGACGACUAUCUCGUUCAGAGACCAGUGUUGACCCCCGACUCAGGAGGCGAGAUGAUCUACGGUGGAGGUCGUCGGUUGGCACUGCGGCUCGGACUGGGACAAUACAACGAUGAUGAGCUCGAGCUGAAAGUGGCUCACUAUCUGAGGUCGAACCUCUCUCCUCCGCUGGACUUGGGUGGAAAAGACGAAGAGUUACCCGCAACAUACGAGUGGACGGGCGUGAUGGGUUACUCUCGUGACUCUAAUGCCUGGGUGGGAGAGGUUCCCUCCCACAGGGGAAUAUGGGUGUGUGCUGGGUACACCGGGCAUGGCAUGCCAUCUGCUGCUCUCUCUGCCAGAGCUGUGGCGGCCCAGAUGCUGGGUUUGCCAGAAUCAGGACAAGGACAUGCAAGACUUCCCGAGGAAUUCAAGAUCACGGAAGAGAGGAUCAACAGAGCGAGACAAGGAGCCAAAUUGGAAGACUGUGGUGGCUGGGAGGGGGCUUAUUUCUCGGGUCCGGCUGAUGGCGAAUGA